UCUUGAUUUGUUCAACAAUGAAAGUGAUUAACAAGCUCAAAUUUCCAAAAAAAUCUCUCAAAAUCAUCAAUCCUAUACCCCAUUUUGAGAAUUUCAAUGAACCCCAUUUCAUAUCUCUAAUCCAUAGUUCCAAAAACUCUCUUCAGCUUCAACAAAUCCAUGCCCAAAUCAUUCGAAAAAACUUAUCAUCCAAUAGUAGAAUUGUUACUCAGUUGAUAUCUUCAGCUUCUUUACACAAAUCCAUUAACUAUGGUUUGUCAAUUUUUAAUUGUUUUCUUGAUAAAAAUGUGUUCUUGUUCAAUGUUUUGAUUAGAGGGUUAAAGGAGAAUUCUUUAUUUGAGAAGUCCAUUUUGUAUUUUAGGAAAAUGGUUAAAAUGGGUGUUAGACCUGAUAAGCUUACGUAUCCGUUUGUGUUGAAAUCAGUGACGGCAUUAGGUGAAAAGGGAGUUGGUGGGGGUGUUCAUUGUGGGGUUUUGAAGGUGGGUUUGGAGUAUGAUACGUUUGUGAGGGUUUGUUUGGUUGAGUUGUAUGUGAAAGUUGAGUUGGUGGAUUUUGCAUUGCAACUGUUUGAUGAAAGUCCUGAGAGAAAUAAAGUUGAGAGUGUUAUUUUGUGGAAUGUUGUGAUUAAUGGGUGUUGUAAGAUUGGACGGAUGAGUAAGGCAUUGGCGUUGUUUGAGGAAAUGCCUGAGAGGAAUGUGGGUUCUUGGAAUACUUUGAUUAGUGGAUUGUUGAGGAAUGGGGAGGUGGAUAAAGCAAUGGAGCUUUUUGAUGAGAUGACGAAUGAAAAGAAUGUUGUUUCUUGGACUUGUAUGAUUCAUGGGUUAAUGCUAAAUGGAUUGCACCAAAAGGCUCUGGAUUUGUUUUUUAAGAUGGUGGAAGAAGGCGUGAAGCCGAAUGGUUUAACUGUUGUAGCUGCUCUUUCUGCUUGUGCGAAAACUGGGGCACUAGAGGCAGGGAAAAAGAUUCAUGAUAAUAUUAUGAACAAUGGGCUCCAUUUGAAUGCAGCAGUUGGUAAUGCUUUGCUUGAUAUGUAUGCGAAAUGUGGGUAUAUUGAGUCUGCAAGCCUGGUUUUUAGUGGAUUGAAGGAGAAGGAUAUCCGUACGUGGAGUAUUAUGAUAUGGGGUUGGGCAAUCCAUGGACAUGUAGAUAAAGCUCUUAGGUGUUUUGAACAGAUGAGAUUGACUGGAAUCAAACCUGAUGGAGUUUCUGUCCUUGCUGUUUUAACCGGAUGCUCUCAUGCUGGACGGGUGGAUCAGGGCCUUCAAAUCUUUGAUAGCAUGCAGCGUGAGUGCUCAAUUGAGCCCACUAUGAAACAUUAUGCUGCAGUAGUAGAUCUACUUGGCAGGGCUGGCCGAUUUGAUGAGGCCUUGAAAUUUAUUGCAAGUAUGCCCUUGGAGCCAGAUUAUGUUAUUUGGGGUGCACUUUUUUCUGCUUGCAGAGCUCACAAGAACAUUGAAAUGGCAAAAGUUGCAUCCGAGAAGCUCCUACAGCUUGAGCCAAAGCAUGCUGGGGGCUAUGUGUUUCUGUCUAAUGUUUAUGCAGGAGCAGGGAGAUGGGAUGAUGUAGAAAGAGUUAGAAGUUCAAUGAAGAGCAAAAAUGUUGAGAAGGAUCCUGGAUGGAGUUCAAUGGAGGUGGAUGGUCAAUUGCAUACAUUUGUUGCUGGUGAUAGUGCUCAUACACGUAAACAGGAGAUAUACUUGAAAUUGGAGGAAAUCAUUACCGGAGCUAAACAACAAGGUUACAUGCCUGAAACUGAGUGGGUGCUUCAUAACAUUGAUGAGGAAGAGAAGGAAGGAGCAUUGGGAAGUCAUAGUGAAAAGUUAGCACUUGCUUUUGGGCUCAUUAGUACUGGUCCUGGUGUGAUCAUUAUGAUUGUGAAGAACCUUAGAGUGUGUGGGGACUGCCAUUCUCUAAUGAAGUAUGUCAGCAGGAUGAGUCAAAGGGUGAUUGUGUUAAGAGAUAUAAAGAGAUUCCACCAUUUCAAAGAUGGAGUUUGCUCCUGUAAAGAUUACUGGUGAACUAAUAACAGGAGUCGAGCAUCCCAUACAUAUCUCGUGUUCAGUGCCAACACUUAUCAAAGAUAGGAUCUUAAAACAGAUGGAUUACAUAUGGAGUGUCUAUCGUGUAGUCCCCUCAGCUCCCCAUGUGCUAAGACACGAUGUU